AUGUCCGCCGCUCAAUCGAACAGUGUCAUGUCCGAUCUUGACAGCGCACCGAACCCCCCAACCUCAGACACUUCCAAUCCAACAAGCCAGCAGGGUAAUGCUCUCCCAACCGGGUACGGAGAAAUCGAUCAUGGCAAUGGUUCAGGGUUCACUCCUGCGAGCACGAUCCUACCCCCAAUGACCGAUGAAGACAGAAGGGAGAUGGGAUUUCCGGAUCCUUCCAAUCAAACAGGCCGGGGCACUUCCCCAACAGCAGCCAAUGGAAGCGUCAAUCAUGGAAAUGAGCGAGCGCAGGGCAACAGUGGUGCCCGAACAGUCAAUGGAGAGAGCUACAGAGGCAAUCAGCCCACUUCGAUAAACAUAACCAAUUAUUUAGACGAUUGGUCCGCCGAAGAGUGGGGAGGACUAGAGGAGGCUAUCUCUUCCCAGAAUAAUGAGCCCUCAGCAAGUAUGGACGAAUUCUGGACCCUUGAACGCGACGGCUUCGACCCCUUCAACACUACUCCAGCUAGCCAUAGGGUUACCAAUGGAAACGUUCCCAAUCGUGGACACGCUUCCGAUCCCAUGCGCCGCCUGGACACUCCUCUCCCGACUGGAGAUGUCGUCGAGAAUAGCAAUGCACGUAGUCUGGACGACGAACCUUCGGUCUACGUGAGCGACUUGCAACUGGGGACACCAACCGAAGAAAUGCUCGCCAUGCUUGCACCUCUUAGUCAUUAUUCUGAAGACGAGGCUAGCAGCGCUGCUCUAGGCGAAGACACUACGGCAAGCAGCCAAGCUGACCCUACAACUUUAACAUCGCGUCGCUACCGCCGAGCUGUACGGCGCGUAGGAUCGUUGAGACAAAUGACUCCUGAAGAGAUUCGAACAUUUUAG